UUCAUUUAGUUAAUUUGAUUUUCUUUUUCCACUUUGUUUACAUUUUUUUUGUUAAUUAGUUUCUCAUUUGAUAUUUGCCAUUCUAAUUGAAUUCGUUCCAUGGCACUGACUAAGUUUCCCGUUACCUUUUUCUAUGAUGUUCUCUCACCUUAUUCUUACAUUGGUUUUGAAUUGAUGACCAGAUACAAUAAAAUCUGGACCAAAAUGGAUCUACAAUUAAAACCUUGUUCAAUAUUUCAUAUUUUCAAAGAAGCUGAUAACAAGGCUCCGAUGACAGUGCCAAGAAAAGCUGCCUACUUGAGCCACGAUUUAAAUAGGAUUUCAAAAAUGUCCAAUAUUCCUUUUGGUACACCGAGUAAUUUUUUGGAACUAGCUUUUGGUUCUGGUUCAACUCCGGCUCUCAAGUUUCUUUGUGCAGCUGAUGCACUUACCCAAUCCAAAGCGACCGAAAAUUUAUCUAGACAAAUAUUCAAACGGGUUUUCACCAAUAAUCCAGGUCUUGAGAUUUCAUCGCCAAAGGAUUGGCUUGAAGCAGGGAAAGCUGCUGGAAUUGAUGAGUCCACAUUGAACGAAAUUAUUAUUCAAUGUGAAAAACCACAAUUUAAGGCAAAAUUGAUUUCCAACACCAAAGAUGCUCUUGGAUUUGGUGCUUUCGGUGCUCCAUCAACAGUUGUCCAUUCACCUGACGGUCCAAUAUUAUUAUUUGGCUCUGAUCGAAUUGAACUUCUUGCCCAUUUGAUUGGUGAAAAAUACAUUGGACCAGAUCCCUUAAGUGUCCAGUCGAAAUUAUAAAUUCCUAGUAAAUUGUUCUUUCUGUUAACUAAAUGUACCAAAUUUUAGACUCAAGAGAUGAAAAAAAAAUAAACAAAAAAGUAAAUUAAUCAACUUUUUCAAUUGAA